AUGAACUCUUCUAAUUACAACAUUGACAUCUUCAAUCAAAUAUACAUAAAGAAACUAUUGUAUUUGAUUGAAUUUCACUUAAUGUUCUUUUACAUGAGUAAAAGAAUAAAAAGCAUGACACCAAGUUCUUUGUCCCCGCAUUACGCGGCUCAAUCUCCUUCAGGACGUAAACCUGACUUGGUAGCGAAGGAGGUGCUGGAAUGGUGGCAAACCAACGGAAAGCACCCGUUCAUCCAGCCCCACAUCUCGUCACCGAGUAAUGUGGGUGCGAACUCGCCAGAGAACUUACCACUAGGUGAUAAGGUCCAGCUCAUUCGACUACCAGUAGCUUCACCGUCAGCCGUUAAAGAGUUCAGUCAGGUUAGCAGUGAAGAGCCAGCACAUCUCACCACAGGUUAGACCUCCCUCCCCCCAGCAUCAUGAUUCCACAUUGGCGAUGCGAUGUACACAGUAGUCCUUCCAAAAAUGAAAAGAGACCAUGCCCCACGACUUCUCAGACUUAACUGAGCUGGCGAGUAACAACUUUCACUUUCCGAUGCUUGUAGCAUGGAAGAAUCUCCCUGCAACGGUCGCAAGAGACGCCUCACUAUGAAACCGGGACUGUUGUUGCUCAAGGAGAAAACAAACGACACGCGUUGGAGGGGUUCUAUAUGUAACAAAAACAUUUGCAUCUGGGAUUUAAUAUUAGGACUGCGCUUUUUGUCAGUCUUAGAUACCCACGUCAGAGCAAACGUGAUAUAGCUGUAUGUUUCUUUUUUUACUAAGUUUGUGUAACUGCUUUACGGCAGAAGAAAUAGCUAAUAAUAUUUACUCAAAGUAAUUAUAAAAGCGACUUUGCAAAAUAAAGUAAAGAAGUAAUGAAGUAAUGAAAGGUC